CCGGCAAGAUGCGCUUCUUCCUGCUGUUCGCUGUUGUCAUUGGCUUCGCCUGCGGCGCAGCGGUGCCCAAGGCGCCCAAGCAUGAGACAGUCCAGCGAUUCCCGGCCCCACGAUCCAGCCGCAACCUCCAAGAUGACCUGAACGACUUCCUGGCCCUCAUCCCCGUCGACGAAAUCGUCAACAUCGUCCUCAACUAUGUCGCCAACGACGCUGAGGUGCAGGCCGCCCUCCAGUACCUCAUGUCUGACGAGUUCGAGAGCAUCGUCGUCUACGUCGACCAGCAGCCCGAGCUGUACGAUCUGCUCAACUUCCUCGAGUCCUCAGGCCUUGACCCCUACGGCUUCCUCAACACGAUCCACGACUUCCUGGGCAUUCCUCAGAUUACGAAACCCGCCAGCAGAAUGAGGAGGAGCAGCAGGAGCCUCAAGUCCAUGCUUGAUGAGAUCCUCGCCAUCCUCCCAGUCGACGAGCUGAAGGCUCUCUACAACGAGAAGCUGGAGACCAGCGCCGACUUUGCUGAACUCAUCAACAGGCUCAGCUCGGACGAGUUCCACCAACUGGUGUUGCGCGUUUUGGAGCUGGAUGCUGUCCAGGAAUUGAUCCAGAUGCUCAGGGACGCCGGUAUCGAUGUGGACGCCAUCAUGGAUUUCAUCCGCAAUCUCUUCGGCUGGGCUGACUCCGGCUCCUUGAAACUGAAGAAAUUAGGAGAUGUGAAGAUGAUCCAGCGUUUCCCACCAAAAAAAUCCAGCCGCAACCUCCAAGAUGACCUGAAUGACUUCCUGGCCCUCAUCCCCGUCGACGAAAUCGUCAACAUCGUCCUCACCUACGUCGCCAACGAUGCUGAGGUGCAGGCCGCCCUCCAGUACCUCAUGUCUGACGAGUUCGAGAGCAUCGUCGUCUACGUCGACCAGCAGCCCGAGCUGUACGAUCUGCUCAACUUCCUCGAGUCCUCAGGCCUUGACCCCUACGGCUUCCUCAACAUGAUCCACGACUUCCUGGGCAUUCCUCAGAUUACGAAACCCGCCAGCAGAAUGAGGAGGAGCAGCAGGAGCCUCAAGUCCAUGCUCGAUGAGAUCCUCGCCAUCCUCCCAGUUGACGAGCUGAAGGCUCUCUACAACGAGAAGCUGGAGACCAGCGCCGACUUUGCUGAACUCAUCAACAGGCUCAGCUCGGACGAGUUCCACCAACUGGUGUUGCGCGUUUUGGAGCUGGAUGCUGUCCAGGAAUUGAUCCAGAUGCUCAGGGACGCCGGUAUCGAUGUGGACGCCAUCAUGGACUUCAUCCGCAAUCUCUUCGGCUGGGCUGACUCCGGCUCCUUGAAACUGAAGCCAUUCCAUGGUGCAAGGAUGAUCCAGCGUUUCCCACCAAAAAAAUCCAGCCGCAACCUCCAAGAUGACCUGAACGACUUCCUGGCCCUCAUCCCCGUCGACGAAAUCGUCAACAUCGUCCUCAACUACGUCGCCAACGAUGCUGAGGUGCAGGCCGCCCUCCAGUACCUCAUGUCUGACGAGUUCGAGAGCAUCGUCGUCUACGUCGACCAGCAGCCCGAGCUGUACGAUCUGCUCAACUUCCUCGAGUCCUCAGGCCUUGACCCCUACGGCUUCCUCAACACGAUCCACGACUUCCUGGGCAUUCCUCAGAUUACGAAACCCGCCAGCAGAAUGAGGAGGAGCAGCAGGAGCCUCAAGUCCAUGCUUGAUGAGAUCCUCGCCAUCCUCCCAGUCGACGAGCUGAAGGCUCUCUACAACGAGAAGCUGGAGACCAGCGCCGACUUUGCUGAACUCAUCAACAGGCUCAGCUCGGACGAGUUCCACCAACUGGUGUUGCGCGUUUUGGAGCUGGACGCUGUGCAGGAGUUGAUCCAGAUGCUGAGGGACGCCGGUAUCGAUGUCGACGCCAUCAUGGACUUCAUCCGCAAUCUCUUCGGCUGGGCUGAUUCCGGCUCCUUGAAACUGAAGCCUAUCCGAGGUGCAAAGAUGAUCCAACGUUUCCCAGCAAAAAAAUCCAGCCGCAACCUGCAAGAUGACCUGAACGACUUCCUGGCCCUCAUCCCUGUCGACGAAAUCGUCAACAUCGUCCUCAACUACGUCGCCAACGAUGCUGAGGUGCAGGCCGCCCUCCAGUACCUCAUGUCUGACGAGUUCGAGAGCAUCGUCGUCUACGUCGACCAGCAGCCCGAGCUGUACGAUCUGCUCAACUUCCUCGAGUCCUCAGGCCUUGACCCCUACGGGUUCCUCAACACGAUCCACGACUUCCUGGGCAUUCCUCAGAUUACGAAACCCGCCAGCAGAAUGAGGAGGAGCAGCAGGAGCCUCAAGUCCAUGCUCGAUGAGAUCCUCGCCAUCCUCCCAGUCGACGAGCUGAAGGCUCUCUACAACGAGAAGCUGGAGACCAGCGCCGACUUCGCUGAACUCAUCAACAGGCUCAGCUCGGACGAGUUCCACCAACUGGUGUUGCGCGUUUUGGAGCUGGAUGCUGUCCAGGAAUUGAUCCAGAUGCUGAGGGACGCCGGUAUCGAUGUCGACGCCAUCAUGGACUUCAUCCGCAAUCUCUUCGGCUGGGCUUACAGCCAGCCAGCCCUCCUGCAGCAGCAGCAGCAGCAGCAGCAGCAGCAGCUGCGGCAUUCCUGCCACCCGGCGUCGAAUCAGCUCGGCGGCAUCGCACUGCAGUCUCCAGUUGGAAAGAUGCGCUCCUUCCUGCUGUUCGCUGCCGUUGUGGGGCUCGCCUGCGGCGCUGCGGUGCCCAAAGGCCUACAUCAAGAGAAACACCACCGUUUCUCUGCAUCACGAUCCAGCCGCAACCUCCAAGAUGACCUGAACGACUUCCUGGCCCUCAUCCCCGUCGACGAAAUCGUCAACAUCGUCCUCACCUACGUCGCCAACGAUGCUGAGGUGCAGGCCGCCCUCCAGUACCUCAUGUCUGACGAGUUCGAGAGCAUCGUCGUCUACAUUGACCAGCAGCCCGAGCUGUACGAUUUGCUCAACUUCCUCGAGGACUCUGGCCUUGACCCCUACGGAUUCCUCAACAUGAUCCACGACUUCCUGGGCAUUCCUCAGAUUACGAAACCCGCCAGCCGAAUGAGAAGGAGCAGCAGGAGCCUCAAGUCCAUGCUCGAUGAGAUCCUCGCCAUCCUCCCAGUCGACGAGCUGAAGGCUCUCUACAACGAGAAGCUGGAGACCAGCCCCGACUUUGCUGAACUCAUCAACAGGCUCAGCUCGGACGAGUUCCACCAACUGGUGCUGCGCGUGGGAGAGCUGGAGGCCGUGCAGAACAUGAUCCAGAUGCUCAGGGACGCCGGUAUCGACGUGGACGCCAUCGCCGACUUCUUCAGGAGGAUCUUCGGCUGGGCCUCAAAAGAAACACCCUCCACCACAUUCAAGAUGAUCCAGCGGUUCCCAGCGAAAAAAUCCAGCCGCAACCUCCAAGAUGACCUGAACGACUUCCUGGCCCUCAUCCCCGUCGACGAAAUCGUCAACAUUGUCCUCACCUACGUCGCCAACGAUGCUGAGGUGCAGGCCGCCCUCCAGUACCUCAUGUCUGACGAGUUCGAGAGCAUCGUCGUCUACAUUGACCAGCAGCCCGAGCUGUACGAUUUGCUGAACUUCCUCGAGGACUCGGGCCUUGACCCCUACGGCUUCCUCAACAUGAUCCACGACUUCCUGGGCAUUCCUCAGAUUACGAAACCCGCCAGCAGAAUGAGGAGGAGCAGCAGGAGCCUCAAGUCCAUGCUCGAUGAGAUCCUCGCCAUCCUCCCAGUCGACGAGCUGAAGGCUCUCUACAACGAGAAGCUGGAGACCAGCCCCGACUUUGCUGAACUCAUCAACAGGCUCAGCUCGGACGAGUUCCAUCAACUGGUGCUGCGCGUGGGAGAGCUGGAGGCCGUGCAGAACAUGAUCCAGAUGCUCAGGGAUGCCGGUAUCGACGUGGACGCCAUCGCCGACUUCUUCAGGAGGAUCUUCGGCUGGGCCUCAAAAGAAACACCCUUCACCGCAUUCAAGAUGAUCCAGCGGUUCCCAGCGAAAAAAUCCAGCCGCAACCUCCAAGAUGACCUGAACGACUUCCUAGCCCUCAUCCCCGUCGACGAAAUCGUCAACAUCGUCCUCACCUACGUCGCCAACGACGCUGAGGUGCAGGCCGCCCUCCAGUACCUCAUGUCUGAUGAGUUCGAGAGCAUCGUCGUCUACAUUGACCAGCAGCCCGAGCUGUACGAUUUGCUCAACUUCCUCGAGGACUCUGGCCUUGACCCCUACGGAUUCCUCAACAUGAUCCACGACUUCCUGGGCAUUCCUCAGAUUACGAAACCCGCCAGCAGAAUGAGGAGGAGCAGCAGGAGCCUCAAGUCCAUGCUCGAUGAGAUCCUCGCCAUCCUCCCAGUCGACGAGCUGAAGGCUCUCUACAACGAGAAGCUGGAGACCAGCCCCGACUUUGCUGAACUCAUCAACAGGCUCAGCUCGGACGAGUUCCACCAACUGGUGCUGCGCGUGGGAGAGCUGGAGGCCGUGCAGAACAUGAUCCAGAUGCUCAGGGACGCCGGUAUCGACGUGGACGCCAUCGCCGACUUCUUCAGGAAGAUCUUCGUGCGGUCUACAGUUGGAAAGAUGCGCUUCUUCCUGCUGUUCGCUGCUGUCGUCGGCCUCGCCUGCGGCGCUGCGGUCCACAGGGGCCCAAAAUCUGAAAAAUUUCAACGCUUCCCUACGUCGAAAUCAAGCAGAAACCUUCAAGAUGACCUGAACGACUUCCUGGCCCUCAUCCCCGUCGACGAAAUCGUCAACAUCGUCCUCAACUACGUCGCCAACGAUGCUGAGGUGCAGGCCGCCCUCCAGUACCUCAUGUCUGACGAGUUCGAGAGCAUCGUCGUCUACGUCGACCAGCAGCCCGAGCUGUACGAUCUGCUCAACUUCCUCGAGUCCUCAGGCCUUGACCCCUACGGCUUCCUCAACACGAUCCACGACUUCCUGGGCAUUCCUCAGAUUACGAAACCCGCCAGCAGAAUGAGGAGGAGCAGCAGGAGCCUCAAGUCCAUGCUCGAUGAGAUCCUCGCCAUCCUCCCAGUCGACGAGCUGAAGGCUCUCUACAACGAGAAGCUGGAGACCAGCGCCGACUUUGCUGAACUCAUCAACAGACUCAGCUCGGACGAGUUCCACCAACUGGUGUUGCGCGUUUUGGAGCUGGAUGCUGUCCAGGAAUUGAUCCAGAUGCUCAGGGACGCCGGUAUCGAUGUGGACGCCAUCAUGGACUUCAUCCGCAAUCUCUUCGGCUGGGCUGAUUCCGGCUCCUUGAAACUGAAGCCAUUCCAUGGUGCAAGGAUGAUCCAGCGUUUCCCAGCAAAAAAAUCCAGCCGCAACCUCCAGGAUGACCUGAACGACUUCCUGGCUCUCAUCCCUGUCGACGAAAUCGUCAACAUUGUCCUCAACUACGUCGCCAAUGAUGCUGAGGUGCAGGCCGCCCUCCAGUACCUCAUGUCUGACGAGUUCGAGAGCAUCGUCGUCUACGUCGACCAGCAGCCCGAGCUGUACGAUCUGCUCAACUUCCUCGAGUCCUCAGGCCUUGACCCCUACGGCUUCCUCAACAUGAUCCACGACUUCCUGGGCAUUCCUCAGAUUACGAAACCCGCCAGCAGAAUGAGGAGGAGCAGCAGGAGCCUCAAGUCCAUGCUCGAUGAGAUCCUCGCCAUCCUCCCAGUCGACGAGCUGAAGGCUCUCUACAACGAGAAGCUGGAGACCAGCGCCGACUUUGCUGAACUCAUCAACAGGCUCAGUUCCGACGAAUUCCACCAACUGGUGCUGCGCGUUCUGGAGUUGGACGCUGUGCAGGAAUUGAUCCAGAUGUUGAGGGACGCUGGCAUCGAUGUGGACGCCAUCAUGGAUUUCAUCAGGAAUCUCUUCGGCUGGGCUGAUUCCAGCUCCUUGAAACUGAGACCUUAUGUCAUAGUCAAGAAGAUCCAGCGCUUCCCAGCAAAAAAAUCCAGCCGCAACCUUCAGGAUGACCUGAACGACUUCCUGGCCCUCAUCCCCGUCGACGAAAUCGUCAACAUUGUCCUCAACUACGUCGCCAAUGAUGCUGAGGUGCAGGCCGCCCUCCAGUACCUCAUGUCUGACGAGUUCGAGAGCAUCGUCGUCUACGUCGACCAGCAGCCCGAGCUGUACGAUCUGCUCAACUUCCUCGAGUCCUCAGGCCUUGACCCCUACGGCUUCCUCAACAUGAUCCACGACUUCCUGGGCAUUCCUCAGAUUACGAAACCCGCCAGCAGAAUGAGGAGGAGCAGCAGGAGCCUCAAGUCCAUGCUCGAUGAGAUCCUCGCCAUCCUCCCAGUCGACGAGCUGAAGGCUCUCUACAACGAGAAGCUGGAGACCAGCCCUGACUUUGCUGAACUCAUCAACAGGCUCAGCUCGGACGAGUUCCACCAACUGGUGCUGCGCGUUCUGGAACUGGACGCUGUGCAGGAGUUGAUCCAGAUGCUGAGGGACGCUGGCAUCGAUGUGGACGCUAUCAUGGAUUUCAUCAGGAAUCUCUUCGGCUGGGCUGAUUCCAGUUCCUUGAAGCUGAGGCCUAUCAUCGCAGUCAAGAAGAUCCAGCGCUUUCCCGCAAAAAAAUCCAGCCGCAACCUCCAGGAUGACCUGAACGACUUCCUGGCCCUCAUCCCUGUCGACGAAAUCGUCAACAUCGUCCUCAACUACGUCGCCAACGACGCUGAGGUGCAGGCCGCCCUCCAGUACCUCAUGUCUGACGAGUUCGAGAGCAUCGUCGUCUACGUCGACCAGCAGCCCGAGCUCUACGAUCUGCUCAACUUCCUCGAGUCCUCAGGCCUUGACCCCUACGGCUUCCUCAACAUGAUCCACGACUUCCUGGGCAUUCCUCAGAUUACGAAACCCGCCAGCAGAAUGAGGAGGAGCAGCAGGAGCCUCAAGUCCAUGCUCGAUGAGAUCCUCGCCAUCCUCCCAGUCGACGAGCUGAAGGCUCUCUACAACGAGAAGCUGGAGACCAGCGCCGACUUUGCUGAACUCAUCAACAGGCUCAGUUCAGACGAGUUCCACCAACUGGUGCUGCGUGUUCUGGAACUGGAUGCUGUGCAGGACUUGAUCCAGAUGCUGAGGGACGCCGGUAUCGAUGUGGAUGCCAUCAUGGACUUCUUCAGGAAGAUCUUCGGCUGGACUUUUUAAAGUCAUACGGGCCUUCCUCCACUCUCAACUGCUAACUGAUAACAUAGGCACGUUUCCCAGUCCCCGAUUUUGAUGUAAUGAAUGCGUAAAAAAAAAUAAACC